UCACAGUACUGGACCUGCACACAGCUUGUUCUUGGUGGUUUCUUGUUUCAAAACGUGAUAAUCACUCAGCCAUGAGUUCACAUCAGCAGGAAAGCACCAAGGAAGAGAAGGGCAAUGUUGGCACUCUGGCUUUAAUGGUAGCUUCUGCUGCAGUUGGGGGAACAGUACAAUAUGGAUAUAACCUCGCCAUUAUGAAUGCACCUACUGUUUACAUUCAGAACUUCGUUAAUGAGACGUUUCAGGAGCGAUGGGGGAUACAGUUAGAGGUGUAUGAGGUCACACUUAUAUGGACCUUCAUAGUUUCCAUUUUCUCACUGGGUGGCCUUACUGGGGCUUUGGUGGCUGGGCCCAUGUCCAUUCAUUUUGGAAGGAAGAAGACUUUGUUGCUGAACAAUAUUUUUCUAAUGUCAAGUGCACUGUUGGCUAUAACAAGUCAAAAAGCUCGGUCUUUUGAGAUGAUCAUCAUUUCCAGAUUUCUGGUUGGCAUCAAUGCAGGUGUCAGUAUGAAUGUGCAACCAAUGUACUUUGGUGAGAGUGCACCAAAACACUUACGAGGGGCUGUGUCCCUGUCCUCUGCUGUAUUCACCUCUUUUGGGCUGGUGGUGGGACAAGUGGUGGGUCUGAGGGAGCUGCUGGGUUGUGAGUCAUGCUGGCCAUACCUGUUAGCCAGUAAUGCUGUCCCAGGUUUUUUCCAGCUCCUUACACUGCCCUGGUUUCCUGAGAGUCCACGGUACCUUCUCAUCGACCGUGGAGACAAGGAUGCCUGUUUAAAGGCACUGCGGCAGCUGCGGGGUUCUGAGGUGCAGAGAGCGGAGCUAGAUGAGAUCCUACAGGAGCAGGCUGAGGCUGAGGGCAGGAGAGCUCAGCAGCCCUGGGAGCUCUUCACUGAUCACAGUAUUCGCUGGCAACUCAUUUCUGUCACCGUGCUGAGCAGCGCCAUGCAGCUGUGUGGUAAUGACUCGAUUUACUUCUAUGCAUCUUACAUAUUUCAAGAAGCAGGUAUUUCUGCUGAGCACACUCAGUAUGUGACCAUUGGCACUGGCACCUGUGAAUUCACCGCCUGCAUUCUGUGUAACCUGCUGAUUGAACAGCAGGGCAGAAGGCUGCUUUUGAUGGGAGGUUAUGCACUCAUGACAGGCUGGGCUGUGGUCUUCACUGUGGCUCUGUCAUUUCAGAAAGUGGUGCACUGGAUGCCCUACCUGAGCAUGGGUUGUAUCUUCACUUAUAUCCUCAGCUUUGGGAUGGGGCCAGCUGGGGUGACUGGAAUUCUUCCUACAGAGAUUUUUAACCAGACAGCCCGACCAGCUGCCUACAUGAUUGCUGGCUCUCUAAUGUGGCUUAAUCUCUUUAUUAUUGGAAUGAUAUUCCCUUUCCUUGUGCAAGGUCUGGGCCAGUACUGCUUUGUGCCAUUCGGUGCUGUCUGCCUGCUCACUGCGCUGUAUAUUGGGUUUUUUCUACCAGAGACCAAAGGAAAGACGCUAUCUGCGAUUACAAACGAGUUCAACAAGCUUAACUUCCAUGAACAGGAGGCAACAGGAAAGAGAAAACAGGCUCAGUACCAACUAGGCGAAAUCUGUCACUCUACUGCCCUUUAGGAACUACACGUUUAUACAUUUAAGAAUUCCUACACACAUACACUUUUGGAUUUCUCUACUGGAGAACUAAAGAGCACAAAUUUUUUAUUGUUAGGAUAGUAUUACAUGAAUCUGUGUGUAAAGUCUGGGGGGAGGGGAUCCCUAAAAACAAUGGCUUUAAGGUAUACCUACAUGUAAGGCCAAAUGUCUUUGCAGUGAGGUUGAAAAGGGAUGAACAAGAGCUAGGAGGUGUUUUAUUGGAUCCUGUUCUGAGUUACUUUCUUUGAAAAAGUCACCUGGCAAACUUACAAUCCUUUUUUAAGCUACAGGUGGUCAGACCUGCAGUAAAGUACACAUUUUGACACACUUAAUUGUGAGUAUGCAAAAAAAGUACAUUUACCUAAAGGCCCAGCACAGUAUUUAAAAAAAAAAAUCUAAAAGUUAUAUUAGCAGGAAGUAUGGGAUUAUCAUCACACUUCAUCUACACAAUUCUGUCCAAUAUUUAUUAAGCACUUUUUGUAGUUAUUUGCACUUUUUGUAUUUUUGUAUACUGCCCCUAACCACAGUUUAGGAAUUAUACUUUAUUUGGUGUCAUCCUAUAUAUCACUUAUAUGGCUUAGUUUCCUUUCUGCGGCUGAAGCGACCCCCAGCACAAAUGCUUUGCCCUAUCAUUAGAUAAUUGGGUUCCAUACAACUCCGUAUUUACCCUCCAACUCAAACCGAAAGCUUUCCCGACACGUACUGGAGGCAGUGUGAAUGAUAAGACUGUAAAUCUUUAUAUUAAAAUAACAGUCAAAAUUUUCAUUUGACAGCUUAUUUGAUAAUGUAGCUAGCAUGUAGCAAAAUGUGCACGCUAACGUUAGCUAGCUAACGAUGUUAGCUAUCCAAUUGAACUUGCUCAAAUUACAUUAACAUUUGCUAUGUGCCAUCGAAUAUUUAACAUCUAAGAUGCAAGAAAGCUACAAACUUAUUUUUAUUACGUUACAUGACACGAUACACUGGCAUUUUUAGCUCCCGCCGUGUAUAGUUAAAGUCUGUUAGCUAGGUUAACCAGUCGGAUAAAAGCUAGCUGGCUGGCUAACAUUAUCUAAGAGCCAAGCCACGGUCAACGGCGAAAUCCCCACCGCGAUUUAAAGUACUUAAUGUAAUUCUCUCGAUAAAUGAAUGUAAAUGUGAUCGAUAGGUAAGACACGAAUGUUCUUACACUCUUAAAAUAUGAACUGGGGUCCUUUAAUUUAACCAGAGAAUUUGGUUAGCCUGUAUUUAAUCACAUAGACCCCUCAUGGACUGACACCGCCUAUUGGACCGACCUAACAGGCGGCCGGCAUAUUGGAUGGGUCUCCCCGGCGCUCCAAGUGCAUUUGUUUGUACUGAGGAAGGAAGUAUAAUAUAACUAUAAUAAUCACAACCCCGCGAAUUUUUACCCCAUUUUCACAGUUUGGUUUGUUACAAACAGCAGAGAUGUAGUUAUAACACAGGACGCUGUCACACAUUACAUACACAUUAAAUAUGUGCUUUCAUGCUGAAAUACUGCUGAAAUAUACUGAAAUAUUAUGCUCUUUAACAAAGACAUAUGAUAUGGUAUAUUAAUAAGUGUAUACAUUAAUUCAUUUUAUAUUUUAAUGAAUAACGUUUUAUUGUUCAUUUGAAAUGAUUUCACACACACACGUGUAUUAUAUACUCAUAUAUGGGGCUGAGGGUCUAAAACCCUUGAAAAAUAACUGUUUUGCACAGUUUCUUGCGUGUGCUGGCACUCUGUAACUCCAGGGUAGUUAAUUUUGCGAUGUGGUGCAGCCUUAGUUUGUGAAAUACAGAGACAACAAAUGACAGGAGCAUGAAAUGAUGGUUCUCGAUUCCGAAUUGGGUUUCUGCAAUGUGCUCCCCGAGUAAAAACACAUCUUCAGAACCAAUCGCAGCCCGAACGAACUGGUUGACACCUGUUGAUUUUUGGUGAAUCACACGCUCUGCUGCUCUGACCACCUUCACUGUUCCAUCUGAGGGGAUCAUCAGACCACCACUGUUUUUAAGUUGAAGCAGGUGGUAGCUCUGGUCAAAGGAUGAGGGUACAGCAGUUUUGACAAGGCUUGCACGGCACACCUCACAGGACAGUUUUUCAGAAUUUUUCGGACAACAAACCCUGAAAUGUAGACCAGGGCAUUGUCCACAAGACCACCAAAGCGGGUGGGCAGGUAACUGUGGUCACAUAUGACUGCAGAAAUGUUUGCAAAUGGGGACGGGAGGUCUUUAAAGCAGAGUUCAUGUCUGCAGCUGAUGGUGAUACAGUCUCAUCUUGUGCUGCCACGUUGCCUGACGCACUUGGUGAGACACCAUAGCGGACCAUCAGACGACGGAAAAUGCUGGAAAAUUCUGGAACUGCCCUGCAGUGGGAUUGUUAUUCCAGCCUCCUAAAAAAAUCAAAAACAUUUGCACACUUAGAUUACAGAGAUAUUUAAUGAGGACAGUCAUAGUCAUCAAAGACAUAUCUUCUGAGGGUAAGUAUUUCGAUACUGUGCCGAUUAUAGCAACAGUUAUAGCAACAGCUGCACAAAAUACCGGCAUAAUUGCUCUCUCUGCGUUAGGUCUGGUGCGAGCCUUCAGUGAGGUGACCCAUCCAAUAUGGCAGCGACGCUGGAUUACGCUCCAGCCCGUACUGAGGCGUCUAUGUGUAUAUGUCUAUGUUUAAUCAGCCCUGCGAUGGACUGGCGACCUGUCCAGGGUGUGUCCUGCCUUCCGCCCGAUGACCGCGGGGAUAGGCUCCAGCACCCCCUUCCCCGCUACCCUGAGGGAGAAGCGGCUUAGAAAAUGUUUGUGUGUGUUUAAUCACGGCCGCCACUCAUUAAGAGCCCUAACGGCCUUUCUUCCGUUGUAAAAUGUUCAUCCAGCUCGAAUUCAGAUCAUUUUCACUUUCUCUGAAUUUUCCCAUUCAUCUUAAAUGCUGCAGCAGUUAGUCUGCCUGUGCCCACCCAUCUAGACGGUUACGUUUGAUGCGGAGGCUGUCAAUCAAUCUGCCGGGGUCCACGCCCACCACAGAGAAAAAAGAAAAUGCAAAACAAUCUUUUAAAUGUUAUUUUUGGAGAAAAAAUAGAAGGUAAUUGAAAUAUAUGGAAUUGUUUGCUGAUUUUUUUUGUUGUUGUUUCACAGAUUAAAAAAAUGUGCACGGCCUUUAAAUGUAAUUUGAAACGUGAAGAUUACUUUUAGGUACUUGUAUUUAAAUUGAUUGUUUUGUACAUUUAACUACACAACAGUUCAAAAAGGCAUAAUUUUGAAUCAAACAACUUCAAUGUUCUGCUGUGAAGGUACAUGGAUGAAGAAUAAAAAAUGUUGGCAAAGUUUC